AUGAUGGGUUCAAGUUGGGCACGCAUCAACGACGGCUGGGACGCGGCAGAACUGCUCUUUGAGGAGCAGCACGUCAUUCUCGAAAUCUUCUGGAUCUCGAGCACGUACCUGCGUUUUCUAGUGCCAAGUUGGAGAAAGGUUUCGACGCCGACUCAUGCAAAGUAUACGGCGCUGCCAUGGAUUCCUCUCAUGAUCCAUGUCAUUCUUGGGACCAUCGAGCUGGCCCGAUACUACUAUCCUCUCGUCAUCACCGGUGAACCUCCCGUGCCAAACUUGAUCGACCUUGUUCUAGGACUGGCCUUCUCGGCCGGCAGCUUCCAUCUGGCUGGGUAUGUCCGCGAGGGAAAUAUUCCCUUCAUCAGAGCUACUUUCCAAGCAACGGCCUUGCAGCGAGCGCUCGCUUCCACGUUGGGGUACGUGCAUGGUGACGCACAGUGGCACCGAGCGUCUAUCAAGCUGCUGAACAACUUCACCUGGGUCCGAUGGCUCUCCACGUUCGGGAAGCAUCUCCAGGGAUUCAGAACGUACGGGGAAACCUUCACGGCUACCGUGGUCAUGGCUCACCCGCUUUCUUUGUGGGAGGGAGACUACCCCGCGGGGAUUCCUCUCUAUGCCUCCAUUGUGCUCGCGUUGCUGGCCGUCGACAAGUGGGCAUCACGAAAACUAGACGGAAAGUGA